UUUGCCCCAAGUCCCCACUCCACACAACAAUCAAAAGAUACCUGAAACUCUGAAAGGGCCCUAAUUCAAGAGCAGCUGUUCGGGUAUCUUCAAUAGGAGGAGAGAAGUCAUUGCUGCAGUCCCGUGCAAUUGAGGAGCACUUGAUUGGAAUUAAGGCGGAGAGAGUGGAAGUGAGGGGAUUUGGGUCUGAAGUAAAAAAUUAGGGUUUCUGUAAAUCCCAAAAUGUCGACGGGAAAACCCAAAGACGCUGAUUUUCAGAUGGUUGCAGUGCCGGGAAUGUCGAAGCCACCACUUCCUCCGGCAACUUCAUCGAGUGCUAUAGUUGAAUAUACUCCCGUUUUUAAGGAGGAAGAGGAAGACCUGGAAAUCAAGCUCCGACGAAUUAUCGAUAACGUCCCCGUCCGUGUCAGCAAUACUUCCGGUAGUUCUGCAGGUUCUGGCUCCGGUGACUUCCACCAGUAUCGGCAGAUGAGACGCAAAGAGCAAGAUCGUCUUGCUAGGAUGGAAGUUGACUACCAGAGAAGGAAAGAACUUGCGGAAUUUAGUAUGAGAAGGGAGGAAAGAUUAAAAGCUGCGGAGGAACGAACAGCAAAAAAGCGAGCAAAACGUCAAAAGAAAAAGCAAAAGAAAAAGGAGAAGAAGUUGAAACUGAAUGCUGGAGAACCACAGCAAGAGAAAGAAGAUUCCUCAGAUGAUGGAGAUUCUGAUAAUGAAGAGGAGGCCGCACCUUGAAACAAGCCCUGGUUGUACCCAAAAUUUUAAAUUUUGAUUCAAGCUAAGUUUGAUGGGCAUAUCUAGCUUAACACAAAACACAGUCAUGAUCUCUGGUUUCUGUUAUUUGUAUGAGAGUUGUGAGGUACUGUGCUCAAAUCAACAGAUUAUAUGAAUUUUUUCGUAGAACAAAUAUCACAACCCUUUCAUUUAA